AUGGACUCCCUCUCCACCGGCAACCUCGACCUCACCAAGCUCUCCGACCGCGACAAGCAGGAGCUGCAGCAAUUCGUCGUCAACGAGUCGCAAAAGGCCAGGAUCCAAGGCUCGAUCCACUCCCUCACCGACAUCUGCUUCCGCAAGUGCGUCGCCUCCAAGAUCUCGUCGGGCAAGCUGGACAAGUACGAGGAGCCCUGCAUGCAGAACUGCGUCGACCGCUUCCUCGACGCCAACGGCGUCGUCCUCAAGCAGCUCGAGACGCUGCGGACCUCCAGUUAA